GAUACCGACAGGUGCACGUAUAUUUUUACUGAGGCAGCUAGUCAAAGUAACAUUCGCUACCAAAGCCUGUCGACUUUGUCCGGAAGAUGACAAAGUCUCUUUACUAAGGUAACCACGGAAUUCCAGCCAUCGCCCUCAUCUUCUGAACGCCCUUACUUUAGAGCUAUCCUUAAUUACCUGGGCACACUCCUUUGGAAAACAUCGCCUAUAUCCUGCCAUUACGAUAUCGGGUCUUUGUUCUUACUCUUUCUUUGGAAGCCGCCCCGCGCUACCUGCGCUGCUCGCGCUGCCCUUGUCGCGCCUCGCCGCGACUCACCGUCCUCGCCACCGAAAUGGCUGCAAAGCCGCCAAACGAAGCCCAGUCUCAGGCUCGCCCAGAGAUUGGCGAUAUCCUCAUUGUUAUCCAUGACUUCCAAGCCCGAAGCUCCGAUGAACUUAGCCUGGCCAAAGGUGAUCGAGUUGAACUCCUCGAACCAGACGACGAAUUUGGCGAUGGCUGGUUCUUGGGAAAACAGUUGUGCAAUGGGAACAGUGGCCUCUUCCCCGAGGUCUAUACCCGCCCAGCACCUAAACCUUCUCAGGCAAACGCCGCACCUGCAAACACGACCGGCAACACGACGCCUUCCGGGCCUCUCAUGAAUCCCCAAGGCGAACCUGCAUCCAAACCUGUACCAAACGAACGGCCAGCUUCCGCUGUCGGCUCCACGCCCGAAGACCCGGCCGCAACCCCUCCUCCUCCUGCUGCAAUUCCGCCUCAGCCUUCAGAUACACCCGAACCCCCUGUCACUCUUCCCCUGAAUUCCGUUAGGGAUGAUGUCUCGUCGCUCCCCGUCCCCGCGACCAGCAGUCCAGACCUGGGGGCUUUGGCAAACGCCAGCCAAGAUAGCCAGGUACUCCAUGACACCCUCAAUGUCAUUGACGAGCACAUCACCAACCUUCGCUCUCCCCCGAGCACCUCCGCUCUUCGUGUUUCAAACGAUUCGGAUAGUGAAUACAGCGCCCAGCUCGACCCACGCAUGUCGUACAUUCAAGGCGAGGAAACGGAUGAAGAGGAAGAAUCUACGCAUACACGUGCUGAGGUUCUGAAUUGGACCCCCGACCAGGUUGCCGAACAUCUCUUCACCGCCGGCGUCGAAAAGCAUCACUGCGAAGUGUUUCGAGACCAGGAGAUUAGCGGCGAAGUAUUACUCGGUAUGGACCAGAGCUCCCUCUUCAUCAAAGCCUUCGACCUUGGAUCCGUUGGCAGGCGGUUGAAGACGUGGCAGAAGAUCAAGGCGCUUCAAGACGAAUGCGACGGUCAGGGCCCCCCCACGAGACGGACAACACAGACCUACGGAAGUGAAGCGGGCUCGGAAGACGCGUGGAGGGCGCGCAGCAGGGCGGGGACCUUAACUAAUUCCAUUCAAAGGCUGCCGCCGGCCGACGACAGGCCCGCGUCUGCCCAGGCCAAGGGCUCUUUCAACCCAAUGGAACCCAGCCCCCUUGUGUCCCCUACUUCCACUCUAGAUAGCCCCACCCGGGCAACUCACACCAAACGGCCGUCUGCGGCUUCUAUCAGGGACCUGAACCACUCCCGUCGACACUCGUCUACCGAUUUCCGCGCGAGUGGCACCCCGCUGCCGCACUCUGGCACGCCAAAAAUUGGCACUAGCGGGACGUUUCCCCUACGAGACGGCGCACAUAAGAAAGAGCCCUCCUUCGAUCGCAACUGGAGCAUGGGCAACGCGUUUUCCUCCCCGCGGCCCCUGUCUUCGACUGGUCUUCAGGACGCCUGGCAGCCGCAGCAGCCCAACUCCGACCUGCAGGACUCGGCUGUCGAUUUGGAUCGCGGUUAUUUCAGCGGGACCGAAGCCGAGGGCAAGAGGAGGAACGUGCUCAGGAAGCGCGACAGCGGCGCCCAUUCGAGAAAGAGUAGCUACGCCGACGAGCAACGGAUGAGGAGCGGGACGGCCCUCUCUAGACAUUCGAGGUACGGCAGCAUCGAUGCCUCGCGGGAAGGAGGUGCGCCAUCGCCUGCGGCCCAGAAGUAUUACGGCAUCCAGCCUACGACCCACGUAAGGCCGACUUCGACAAGCACGACGCGAUCGGCGAGACGUGUGCCUUCGGUGAGAGAAUCGCAGUCGCCCACGGUCACAAAACUCGACGGCUCCGGUCGGGACUUUGCCUUGGCAUCUGGCUCCUCGGCGAAUCGCCAAGUUGCUAGCAAUGACUGGCUCAGCGGCAUGGUCAACAAGCCAUUCGCCAAGGCCGGAGGACUGAGAGCCAUUUCAGAUACCUCGGCGGGAGACCGUUUCAAGGCCGUCAUUCCUUCAGAUUCGCCACUGGGCCAUUCUCCCAUGCCAUCACCUGCGCGGACAGGAUCCAGCACGCCGUCUGCAGCACCAAGCUUGGACAUAGACUCUCCCGAUACGACAAAGAGCCCUAGCAUUGCAGGAACAACAGCUAGCAAGGGCAGCCGCAAGAAGAGUAAAAAGGAGACGAGCGCCUAUCAGCGUGGCUUGCAGAGAAUCAGCCCGCGCGAGGCGAUGAAGGAUGCGGACUACAGCGGCUGGAUGAAGAAGAAGAGUUCCAACCUGAUGACGACAUGGAAACCUCGCCUGUUCGUGCUCAAGGGACGCCGAUUGGCGUACUUCUACUCGGAGGAUGACGACCAGGAGAAGGGUCUCAUCGAUAUAUCCUUCCACCGUGUCUUGCCUGCGGACAAUGAGAAACUGACAGGUCUCCACGCCACUCUUACGGGUGCCGGUUCUGCACCGACGCCUUCUACUGGUGCAACUCUGGAGAAGGGAGACGACUCGAUGUUCAUUUUCAAGCUUGUGCCGCCACGGUCGGGGCUGUCUCGGGCGGUCAACUUCACCAAGCCCACGGUGCACUACUUCGCCGUGCCGAACCUCCAGCAAGGCCGGCUAUGGAUGGCGGCUCUCAUGAAGGCAACCAUCGACCGGGACGACGCCCAGCCGGUUACGACGACCUACCAGCAGAAGACGAUUUCACUUGCCAAGGCACGGGCCAUGCGGCAUCGCCCGCCUGCACUGAUGAACCUUGACGAGGGCCCAGAGGACGAAAAGGCCAAAGAUGAUGCUAAGCUGGAGUCCAACUACCUUGGCAUCAACUUCGGCGAGGCCGAUAGCGGCGUUUCCGGGUUGGAGAAACUUGUUGCGCCCAAGGUGGAGAGUGCAAGCUUUCAGAAAGUCGGGUUUGCCGAAUCUGACACGGACAAGAAUGACGCCCUCCCACCGCAGACCGCGUGAGGGACUUUAUCACGAUCCGGCCUGUUAAAGGUUCAAGUGUAGUCUGUUCGUUCGCCUCGAAACAUCAUCAUCAGCAACAACGACGACGACGACGACGAUAACAAAACAAACAACGAUGGCGACGAUAAUAACGAUAACGAUGAGAAUAUCAGUGACGACAACUACGAUAACAAAGUGGUUAAAGUGGUGGUGGUGGUGGUGGUGGUAGCGGAGCUGUUAUUACGCCUUCUGAGACUUUGGUCAGGACUGACGAGCUUACUGUUUAGCAGAUAUUGGCGUAAUUGUUUGUGGCCAUGAUUUAGCCGGGCAGUAUUCCAAAAGGUCAAGAUAACAAUUGAAUUAUAGUUGGAAUGACACAGUGGUGCAGACGGACUAAAGAUAUUCUCUUCUUUUACUUCUUAUUUCAAUC